AUGCUCGCCCUGAAAUCUUGCCACCACCAUUAUCUCCUCCCGCCAAAAUCGCAACCGCUGCCCUACUCCGCAACCCCAACUGCCCCCAACAAGCACACCGCCGCCCCCCGCGCCGCCAUAUCCAUCUCCACCGCCCCCCGCACCACCACCCCCGCCGGCAACAUCCCGGCGCCGCCCGACGAGGCCGUCUCCGCCCUCUCCGACUACCGCUCCCUCUUCUCCUCCCAACGCGCCGAGACCUCCGCCCCCAUCCCCCUUCGCCCAGUCCUCGGCGGCGCCGCCGCCCUCCCGGCCGACUUCCCGACGGGGACAUACUACCUCGCGGGGCCCGGCAUGUUCGACGACGACCACGGAUCCACCGUCCACCCUCUCGACGGCCACGGCUACCUCCGGGCCUUCACAGUCCGUCGUGGGGCCCACGGCCGGCCCGUGGUGGAGUUCUCGGCCAGAUACGUGGAGACGGAGGCGCGGGCUGCCGAGCGGGACCCGGCCAACGGCGAGUGGCGGUUCACGCACCGCGGCCCGUUCUCGGUGCUCAGGGGCGGCGGAGGGGUUUUGAUGGGCGGGAACUGCACGAAGGUGAUGAAGAACGUGGCGAACACGAGCGUGGUGAGGUGGGGUGGACGGCUGCUUUGUCUGUGGGAGGGGGGGGACCCGUACGAGGUAGAGGAGGGGACGUUGGCCACCGUCGGGAGGUUUCCGGCGGCGGAAUGUGACGGUGGUGGAGAAGCGUUGACUGGGGUUGACUUCUGGGACGUGGCUGCUAAAGUGCUCAAGCCCAUAUUGUAUGAAUUCGACUCCAACUUCAAGCUGCUGCAAAGCCAAGAAUUCUGCAUCCCAGACCAUUUGAUGAUCCAUGACUGGGCCUUUACAGAUUCUCAUUACAUAUUGAUUGGAAAUAGAAUCAAAUUAGAUGUUGCAGGUUCAAUGGCAGCUGUUUGUGGCUUAUCACCCAUGAUAUCUGCAUUGUCACUCAAUCCAAGCAAAUCCACCACCCCAAUUUAUUUGCUUCCAAGAUUUCCUAAUAAUUCUCAACAGCCAAACAGGCCCCUGAGAGAUUGGAAAAUUCCUAUUGAAGCCCCAUCUCAAAUGUGGGUACUUCACAUGGCAAAUGCCUUUGAAGAAAGGGGUGUUGAUGGGAAUCUUGAGAUUCAAAUCCAAGCCAGUAGCUGCUCUUAUCAGUGGUUCAAUUUCCAGAAAAUGUUUGGAUAUGACUGGCAAAGUGGUAAAUUAGACCCUUCAAUGAUGAAUUUAGAACAAGGCCAAGAAAAGUUGCUCCCUCACUUAAUCCAGGUGAAGAUAACCUUGGAUAGCCAUGGAGCCUGCAAAAAUUGCCAAGUUAAUGAUCUAAGCCAAUGGGAAAAGCCUUCGGAUUUUCCGGUCAUCAAUCAAGAAUUUUCCGGCAAGAAAAACAAGUUCGUUUACGCUGCCACGUCAUCAGGCUCACGACGCGCGUUGCCACAUUUCCCAUUCGACACGGUGGUGAAGCUAAACACCACGAACAAGUCCACGUUGACUUGGUCAACGGGUAGAAGAAAGUUCAUUGGCGAGCCAAUUUUUAUCGCGAAACGUGACAAAAAAGACGAAGAUGAUGGUUACCUCCUUGUGGUAGAAUAUGCAGUUUCAAACCAGAUGUGCUAUCUUGUUGUACUUGAUUCCAAGUUGAUUGGGAGGAACAAUGCUUUAGUAGCAAGGUUUGAGGUCCCCAGGCAUUUGAAUUUCCCUCUUGGAUUUCAUGGAUUUUGGGCCCCUGAUGUUUCACACAGUCCUGUAAAUAGCCCAGUAUCAAGGCCCAACAAAGAAUUAGCUCUCACUUUUUAG